AUGAGUUACCCGCCCCCCUACAACACCGGGCAGUAUCCUUCGCAGUAUCCUCAGUAUUUGCAGCAGCUCCCGCCGAACCCGCCGCAUCCUCCUCCGCAUCCUGCGCCAGUUCCGCAACAGCAGUACAAUGUCAGUCCCAAUGUGCACUACCAGCAUUAUCCAGGCGCCUAUGGCUAUCCCCAGGCUGUGCUGCCACAGUAUGUGCCUGGAUAUGGCCAGCAGCCCAUGCAACAACAGCCGUCGCCGCAACAGUUUCAGUCGCCGGUAAUCCACCAGCAGCAGCUACAACAACAGCAACAGCAACAACAACAGCAACAGCAACAACAACAGCAACAGCAACAGCAACAGCAACAGCAACAGCAACAACAACAGCAACAGCAACAACAACAGCAACAACAACAGCAACAGCAACAACAACACCAGCAACAGCAACUUCAGCAAAACCAGCAACGAAUAUCCCAUCCAUUACCUCCCCAGUCUCCUCAGAUACAGCAGCAACAACGACAGCAGCAAUUCCAUUCCCCAGUCACACAACAGCAGCACAUACCACCGCAACAACACCAUCUUCAACAUCAGCUUCAACAGCAACAACAGCAACAACAACAACACUACCAACAGCACCAGCAUCAACAUCAAGUACCGCAACACUCGCAACACUCGCAACCGCAGCAGCCACCGCUUUUGCAAUUUGUGAACCCUGCAGACACCUUUGCAGCACCAGCCAUCCACGGCACAGCUCCAGGCUCUGGCUCCUAUACCAAUGGUUCUCCGCCGGCGCCCUCACCGGUUCCUCAGUAUGCUGCAGCGCCGCCGUCCGUCCCCACGGGACAGCCUCUCGCCCCGUACCACACGGCCUCCAGCGAGACAAAGGAGAAACAAUACACUUCCAUGACACCUCCAACAACCACGCCUCUUCCUCCCCAGUCAACAAAUCCCACCCCAACCCCGCUACGGCCCGACCCACAGGCGCGCAAAGCAUCCUCGUCACCGUUCAAUCUAGUCCCACAAGUCGUCAUUCCAUCUCCAGGCCACCUGCAGCAAAUGUCGCCCAAGACGCCUGCGGUGGCAGCGCCGCAAGCACCUCAGGUGCAGGCGCGUGCUCCAGACGAGGACGUGGACUACCAGACACUGCUCCUGGCGCUUGCAGACGAGUAUCUGAAUGCGGCUCAUGGGAAAGGGACCACACUUGCGUUGUCAAAGAAUAGUGUCGAUUUGGCGGAUUACUACAAGCUGGUUGCCACAGGACUAGGCUGUCUGGAGGCUGCCCAGGUGAACUUUCGAUUGCCGCCCCGCACAGAGGCAUUGACGCGACUUCGAUAUGCUCGGAUCCUCAUUGAAGAGACUGAUAACGAUGUAGAGGCGGAAACAGCACUAAGCAAAGGCAUCGAAGUCUGUGAGAGGAACAAACUUGUUGACCUGAAAUACACCAUGCAACAACUCCUGGCGCGAAUGCUUCACAAAUCCAACCCCAAAGCAGCGGUGAAAGCUAUUGAUAAUAUGAUUCAAGAAGUCGAAACAUAUCGAUACGUCCCAUGGGAGUAUGCCUUUCGCUUGCUCAGGGUGAGUCUUGCGCUGUCGUCUGGGUCGCAUCAAGAGUUUGUCCAUGCGAUUCAUAAUCUACACAAACUUUCAAGUCUGGCUACCCGUAACGGCGACAAGCUCGUGGCAGUCGUGGCUUCCUUGAUGGAAGCACUGGCCCAUUUGCAACUGUCGACCAAUUCGGAUUCAGUCGAGCAGGCCCAAAAUGCUGUGGCGGCAGCACGCCGUCAUCAGUUGGACCCGAGUGUGCAAGACAUUCCGCAGAUCGGCUCUAUGGUUCAGAUGGUGGACAUAUCGUGCAGCUUGCUUGAAUACGACUUGAACCAGGCAUCACAGAAGCUGCAAAUCAUGCAGACCUUAAUGGACCAACGGAUCAACGACUCGCGAUGGCGAGAUGACGGCUCGUUCUCAAUACCACUCAACAGUAAACCGCCUCCCACACAGGGAGAGAUGGGGGAUAUCCUCCGCAUUGAAGAGGGGAAGUUGUGCUUAACUCUAAGCUGGCUGCCGCAGCAUGACUUGUAUGCUCUCUGUUAUUUCUUGAGCUCGGUGACUCUAGGGUCCAAGAAUUCCCACGACGGCCGCAAAGCAGAAAAGUAUCUACAGGAGGGCCUACGUAUGGUUCGUGGCAAUUUCAAGGCACCUGAAGAAAUAGAAGAAUCUUUUGUUGCAGCAGGUAAACGAGUUGAAUGGCGGCGAAUCUUGCACUGCAAUAUCCUGUUGCAUCAGAUGUUUCUGGCCUGCGCACGAACCGACUGGGACGCAGCUGGUCAAACCCUUAAGGACCUACGCGCCGCCACCGAACAACUGGGAACCGCAGUUCCAGAGACGGUCAAGUGUCUCAUGCAGUACGCAAUGGGCGUUAUUUCACAAGGCACCGGCGAUCUUACCAGCGCAUUGGCGGCGUUUGGAUCUCCGAUUCUGUCGCUCUCGUCAAGCAGCAAGACGACACGCAACGAUCCUCGACGAGACACCGCUAUCCUUGCAGCUCUCAACACCAUCCUAAUCAUCCGCGAACCCUCACACUACGCGCACGGUCGUCUCAAUGAGGUUCUAUCCACAGUAGAGCCGCUCUGCCUUAGCAGCAGCAACAAAUACAUCCAGGCCGCCUACUAUUUGGUUUGUGCCAUUGUGCACACAGAUUCAACAAUCCAAACAAAGCAAUACCUCCAACAAGCCCUACAGUCAGCCACCGCCAUUAGCAACAGCCAAAUCACAUGCGUCACGCUCACGUUCAUGAGCUGGAAGUACUUCCGUGGCGUCGUAGGCGAACAAUCCGAAAAGAGCGCUCGCGCAAGCCGCGCAAUGGCAAAAAAGGCAAACGACCGUCUCUGGGUUAGUGUCACUGAUGAACUGCUGGCCGAAACGCUGGAUCGACAGGGCAAGACGGACGAGGCGCAUGCUGUGCGUGAAGAAGCUGAUCGGGUGUUGAUGGGGCUGCCGGCGCCGCUCAAACAUGCAGAGUACCGCUGA